AUGGGUCCAGUUGUCGUCAUUGCCAAGAUAUUUCUCCAAGAAUUGUGGAAGCAGCAGUGCGGUUGGGAUGAUCCACUACCCGAAGCGAUGCAGAACUUUUGGCAGGAGUAUAGGAUGAAUUUGACAGCCCUCUCGUCGUUUUCAAUUCCUCGGUGGAUAGGAUACACAUCUGAUGCAAUUUCGGUCGAGUUGCACGGUUUCUGUGACGCAUCAGACAAGGCAUACGGUGCAUGCCUCUACAUGCGUUGUACGCUGUCGGUUGGCUCAGUAGAAGUUCGCCUGCUGAUUUCCAAAUCGAGAGUAGCACCACUGGAGGAUCUCAAGCGCAACAAGAAGAAGUUAACCACCCCUCGCCUCGAGUUGUCAUCCGCACUGCUCUUCAGUCAUCUGUACGAGAAGGUCAAGCACAGUAUUCGUAUUCCGCACACCGCAAGCUUCUGGACAGACUCGACAAUCGUAAUGCAUUGGUUAUCUUCGCUGCUAUCGAGGUGGCAGAUGUUCGUAGCGAAUCGCGUGUCCGAGAUUCAGCACAUUACGAAGGGUUUCGAUUGGAAUCAUGUCGCUGGCUUGGAGAACCCAGCUGACAUCGUGUCACGAGGGAUGAUACCGGCUCAGCUUCAGUACAGCACGAUUUGGUUUGAAGGUCCACCAUGGCUGCGUCGAGACCGCAGCACCUGGCCGGUGGGAAGUCCUGAGGAAGAUUUCGAGCAAUCACUGCUAGAAGAACGAAGUGCAGUCGCAAUUCCAGCACAGUCCAAGCCACACAGCGACAUCUUUUCACUUCAUUCCUCUCUAUCUACGCUGAUCCGUAAAGUUGCAUGGAUUCGUCGCUUCAUCCACAACUGUCACCAUCGCGAAGAAAGACGCAAUGGGUAUCUCAGUCACGCUGAAUUCCAAGAAGCUAUGCUAUCACUAAUCCGUUUGUCUCAGAGGGAAUCGUUUCCGGAGGAGAUUUCUGCACUCCAGAGCGGAAAUCAAGUCAAGCCGUCGCCAUCGAUCAACAGACUCACACCAAUUCUCGUUGAUGGGGUACUGUACGUAGGUGGUCGACUAUCUAAGGCACCUAUUCCAGCGAGUCGCAAGCAUCCAGCGAUUCUCAGCUAUCAUCAUCCCCUGAGCAAACUAGUAGUCAUACACUACCACCAGAAAUUGUUCCACGCUGGGCAACAGCUUCUCAUAAGUAGAGUACGGAAGAAGUACUGGCCCACGCAGAUCAGAAGAUUAGCCAACACCGUAAUCAACGAAUGCGUGCCGUGCUUCCGAUGCAGACCGAAAGUGUUGGAUCAGCUGAUGGCAGAUUUGCCGUCGGAACGAGUUACACCCGCGCCACCGUUCCUGAAAGUUGGUGUCGAUUACUGUGGACCUUUUCUGGUUGCCUAUCCCAAUCGUCGUACAACUCCGCGUAAAUAUUUCGUCGCAAUCUUCGUCUGCUUGGUCACGAAGGCUGUUCAUCUGGAGCUGGUGGGAGAUUUAACAAGCGAAGCCUUCCUCGCAGCAUUCAAGCGUUUCGUCGCACGAAGAGGCAAACCAACCCUGGUAAUGUGUGACAACGCUCUCAACUUCGUCGGAGCAAGGCGCAAACUCGACGAACUACACGAACUAUUCCGUAACCAGCAGUUCCAGCAGUCGAUCGUAAAUGAAGCUGAAGAAGACGAGAUAGAAUUUCGAUUCAUCCCAGCACGUUCGCCCAAUUUCGGUGGCCUUUGGGAAGCUGCCGUAAAAUCCUUCAAAAGCCACUUCAAACGCACCAUCGGAUCCAGAACGUUAUUGCACGAUGAAAUGCAAACGGUGAUAGUUCAAGUGGAAGCGAUCCUCAACUCCCGUCCGUUGACGCCGAUCAGCAAUGACCCAACGGAUUUCGAAGCAUUGACGCCUGGUCAUUUUCUGGUUCAGCGACCGCUAACAGCUGUUCCAGAACCGGACCUCAGUUAUAUCCCGGAGAAUCGUCUUUCACUGUGGCAAAAAUCGCAAGACUUCGUGCAGCAGAUAUGGAAGAAAUGGUCCUCGCAAUACCUGUCCGAUCUCCAUAACCGAACCAAGUGGACUCGUCGACGCAAUAACAUCUCCGUUGAUACAAUGGUUCUCGUGAAAGAGGACAAUCUUCCACCGAUGAAAUGGAAGUUGGGACGAGUAGUAGAGGUUCACGCGGGUUCCGAUGGGAAUAUCCGUGUAGUGACCGUGAGAACGAAGGACGGUCUUUUCCGGAGAGCUAUCUCGAAGAUUUGCGUCCUUCCCAUUCGGGACAAUCAAGCUGUGUCCACUUCUGAGGAGAAUUGA